GUAUAAAAGUAUAAAAUAAAAGAAGAUGAAACCACAGAGCAGCAGGGAAAAAGAGAUGGAGAGUGGCAAAAAAGAAAAAGAUUUGCAGUUCAAUUAGCAGGAAAUUGUCUUUGGAAGGUGGAACCAGCAUGAUGUGGAGGUCUGUUCUUCUUCUUCUUCUUCUUCUUCUUCUUCUCUUUUUAAUCAGGCUGGUAUUUGGCACAAUUGCACCAAAUAAAACAAAUGCCAAUUGAGCUGCAAGUUCUGCACUAACCUAUGGCAGUGGCCAUUCUCCCAUUCACUAUUGCAUAUGCAGCUUUUGAAUGAAGGUGUAAAACCCAUGUGCCAAAUAAGCCAAAGGCUGUUGGUGUGUGUGUAUAUGUUUGUGUUAAAGAUCAAAAUGGUGAGACGUUGUAAAUCACUGAAAACACACACAAAGGCAGAAAAUGAACAUCUUUUUAACAGCUUUUUAAUCAUGGCUCGAGGGUGUAAUGUGAAAGGACUGGGAUAAGCCAAGUACCAAGGCCACUCAGAUUGCUAAGCAGCGGCACAAGGUGUUAAUCGGUGCCUCAUAACCACCAUCAAGAAAAAUCAAAAACCAUCUAACAAACAAAGGCAGUGCUAAUCUGCCUUUCUCUCUAAAAUGAUGAAACUCCAAGAAAUACUCUGGCUUUAAGAAAAAAACAAAUCCAAGCUCACCUGAACAGAGUAAAUCCAUUCCACCCAUGCAUCAAAAACAAAUAAAAAAUGAUGCCUCUGCAUUUUAGACAACAAAUAGCAGUGAUUUUCCUGUAAUUUGUGAGCAAGGCUCAACUGAAAUAUAGGAGCACAAUGGCCAGCCCUGGUGUACUGAAUGAAAUAAGCUUUUUGGGUUUCAUCAAAGAGCUGCAACUUCCUGAGUACACCCUUAGGGUUCUUCAGUUGUCCUUCUUCUGAGAUGUAAAAACCCUUAAAUAUAGAAUGAGUCUUCUUGCAUUCAUAUACAGUAUGUUGUAACAUAUAUAAUGCAUGUUAGGUGCAAGACCAAGAGAUCUGGUAAGGAGAGAGGAGGCGUAUCAUUGAAGUUGAUCCGGAUUGUCCUGCUCUGCAUUUCCUACUGUUAGAGCCGGAGUCGGAGCCUGAGCCGAGCUGCUGUCAUAGCAACAGCAGCCGACAUCACCGGCAGUCCCAGCAUGGUCUUCAACACGGCCCCGGAGCGCUAACACUGCACAGAGCACAUACCAGAACACACACUAACACACACACACUCAGUUUUAAAAAAAUACACACAAAGUACAAAACAUUAUAUGAAUGCACACACCACAUACUACCCAAGAACCCAAGACACGCAUGCACACAUCCUGUCAUGCUUUCCUAUCAGAUGAUAGAUUCGACUACCUAAGCGAAUGGAACGGAAACCUACAAAGUGAAUAAAAUUCGUUAAAGAACACCAAAACAAACCCAAAUGGAGCACAUCUGUCUGUGUGUAUCAGUACAUUCAGAAUUAAAAAUGUGCAUUUUGUUGAUAUUACACACCAAAAGCUGUACACAAAAUAAGGAACAUGCUUACAAAUCCAAUAUUUCAUCCAGGAUAAAGGCUUCAAACAGAGUCCACUCCUUUGUUGUAGCAAAUGAGUGAAGAAAUAAUUAGUUUCACCACUCAAGAACAAAAUAAUACAGUAAGAAAAGUUGCUUUAUAUUCUGAUGACAAAUUACACUUUUAUAAAUAACCAAAAAAACAACAGUAGUGCUGUAGUGCUAUGAACUAUUACGAUGAUGCUAAUCUAGCUGCCAUUUCCAAUUUUUCUUUUUUUUACUUUAACUAGGCCUGCUAGCCAAGAAGAUGGAAGGAGAGACACACUAAGGAUGAUGAAAGUAUAAAAAAAAAGAUAUUUAUUUAUUUAUUUAUUAAAUUUUAGCUAGAUUCAACUAAAAUAAUUUGUUUUAUUUGUAGAGCGUUUUGAACAAUGCACAUCGUCCCAAAGCAUGCCAAAGUUGGAAUGCCUUUAAAUGAUCCUUAUAUGUUUCUCCCUAAUGAGUACACCAGUGGAAAAUACCCCUGAGAUUGUACUGUAUAAGGAGGAAACCUUGAGAGAAACUACACAAAUGCAUAUAGGCAGAGCACACUUUUAAACACAUUUCUGUUCAACCUGUCAAAGCAAGGUUGCUCUUAGCAGCAAUACAAAACCAUUUCAGAUGGACUUCCUUUUAAAAACACUACACCCUGACUCACAAGGCUUAAGUGUCCUAACCCUGCAUUGCAACGUUAAAACAGUGACGCAAAGACAUCUUUGGUCACAUGCGUGUUUACGCUGCCCAAAGUUUGACCUGUCCUAUCAAGCAAUGCAUUAUUUUUCCUUGUGUGCGUGUUUGUGCAUGCGGUUAAUGUUUUUUUGUACAUUUUGAAGGUGGUGUGUUCUUUACAGUGCGCACUGAAAUGCUGAUUCAAACAGGUGGAUGGAGCGACUAUACCGUCUAAGGCUUUUUAAUCAAUAAAGGUGUAAUGCACAACACUUUGCAAUGAAUAGAGCACGCUUCAUGAUCAGUGGGACCCCCGGGUGGAAGGGGAGGGUGGUAUACCUGUGCAGAAACCUCGUCCUGGGGCGUGUGUGUGGAAAACAGAGCGUUGAUUGUGUGGGUAUGAGACAGACGUGUCCCCGCUUUCCUUUUUCUUUGUUGUUGCUGAUUCGCGCGACGGGGUUUUGUCUCACUCUGCUCAGCUCGCGCUCGGUCAGGAGACCGUUUGCGCACAGGUGGGAGAAAACCUAACCCGUCUGUUAGGACAGCCCCUCCUCUCUCUCUCUCUCUCUCUCUCUCUCUCUCUCUCUCUCGGAGCGGUAUGAUGAGUGCGGGUGACAUUUGCCGUUGCGGUCUGGGACGGUAGAGAGAAACAGGUGUGCGGCUUCCCAAAACGAGCGCACGCCUUUUCUUUUCUUUUUUUUUCUUCCUCUUUUCUUCCAGGUUUCAUUCGCCGAGGUAAAAAAAAUCGUCCUCAUCUUCAAUCAUCCUCUUAGUGGGACAGGGAGAGGAGGGGGGAGGGAGUCGGUUUUGUUACUUCAUUUCGUUAUAGUUUCGCCACCGUUUCUUUCAGCAAAGCUUUUUUUUUUUGUCUAUUUUUUUUGGAACAAGAAAGGAAGGAGCCCGACCGGCUCACUCGUGAAGAGGAAGAGGAAGCCCAUGGCCACCAAGAAGCCGUGCUCGGAUUUAACAAAAAGGAGUCGAAGUCCGGUCGUUCUCGAGGCCGAGAUGUUUAGUGAAUUUCAGGAGUGGUGCCUCCGGACUUACGGCGACUCGGGCAAGACCAAGACGGUGACGCGCAGGAAAUACAACAAGAUCAUGCAGACGCUGUUGCAGAACGAGGAGGCGGACGGCGUGUACGUGGACAACAGCCACAUCAACGCCAAAUUCAAAUUCUGGGUGAAAUCUAAAGGGUUCCAGGUCGGGAGCAACGUGCUCGGAGAGCACAACCAGAAAGGCACUCCGGGGAAACCCGUGCUCUACGUCCCUGUCAAAUCUACGUGCUCUGAUGGCGGACAGUCACAGGACAGUUCUCUGAAGCGUGUUGCAGUGGUGGAAGAUUUUUUCGACAUCAUUUAUGCAAUGCAUGUGGAGAUGGGUGCAGAUCCAGGAAGAGCACCCAAACACGCUGGCCAGAAAAAGACCUACAAAGCGAUUGCAGAGACAUACGCUUUCCUUCCCCGCGAGGCUGUGACCCGCUUCCUGAUGAGCUGUGGGGAAUGCCAGAAGAGGAUGCACAUCAACCCCAGCACUGCAGAGUUCAAAGAAAAUGACCGACCCACCUCACUGGUCCCAGACCUUAUUGAUUACAACAUGCCUCUUACUGCCACCUACCUGAAACAGAUGAAACUACAGUGCAUGAAUACCAACGAGCAGGAUGAGAGUUCAGUGAGCAGUGAAGACCCGGAUAUGGCUGAGCCAGCAUGGGGCUCUACUGAGCGCGCUCCAGCAGCAGCGCCCAGCGGCACUCCUGAGCCACGACCAGAGAGGAAGGCCACGCCCCCACAACCCAGCAUCAAAGAGGAAGAAGAUGACUCCUCCUCUGAGAGUGCCAGCACUAAUGGACUCCCUUCCCUCGCACCUCCCACCGGUGCUGCUGUGGUGACUGGGGGCAUUCCUGUGACAGAUGGUGUGAUACCAUAUGAAGAGGUCACUAGUAAUGGAACCACAGCGCCACUGGACUUCAGCACCACCUCAUCCUCCUCAUCCUCAGAAGAAGGCCAGCAGCCCCUCAACCUGGUUAAUCCUGCACUUGCACCAUACCCUGCUGACCCCAGCAGGAAAUACAUAAUCAAAACAGAGUACGGCAACAAGUCUCCUCAGUACAGCUCAGGAAGCUACGACUCGGUAAAGACUGAAGUGAGCAUGUCCACGGAAGACUUGAAUACAACACGCACUCAGGUCAUGGAUGAUGACGAUGAUGAUCAUGAUGAUCACGAUGACAGCGACAAGAUUAAUGACACAGAAGGUCUAGACCCCGAGAGACUAAAAGCUUUCAAUAUGUUUGUACGGCUGUUUGUGGAUGAGAAUCUGGACCGGAUGGUGCCCAUCUCUAAGCAACCAAAAGAGAAGAUCCAGGCCAUCAUUGAGUCCUGCAGCCGUCAAUUCCCAGAGUUCCAAGAGCGAUCUCGUAAACGCAUUCGCACCUACCUCAAAUCCUGCAGACGCAUGAAGAAAGGAGGCUUUGAGACACGGCCCACCCCACCACACCUCACCUCGGCCAUGGCUGAAAACAUUCUGGCAGCUGCCUGUGAGAGUGAGACACGCAAUGCUGCCAAGAGAAUGCGCCUUGACAUCUACCAGAACCAUGAUGAGUCAAUUUCUACAGACAAGCCCAACUCCAGAGACCCAGCGGCUGUGGCCCACUCAGGCUUCUCAUUGGCUGCCUCAGCCUACACCCAGGACCAGCUGUACACCAAUGGGGGGCUCAAUUAUAGUUUCCGUGGUUACGGAGCCCUAGGCAACAGCCUGCAAAGCAGUGCGACAGCGCAGAGCAACGGUCCAACUGACUUGAGUAUGAAAUCUGUGGGCUCCAGCUCCUCCUCCUCUAGCUCUAACAGUCACGGUCAGGGUGGUGGAGGCGGAGGAGCGUCAGCUCAACUCAGUCCUCCCGAAGUCACGGCAGUGCGGCAGCUCAUCGCCGGCUAUCGCGAGUCGGCCGCCUUCCUGCUCCGUUCAGCCGAUGAGCUUGAAAACCUCAUUCUACAGCAGAACUGAAACUCCAAACAUGGUCCAACAAAUACACACACUCAUGCAUAUGCACCUACACACAGAUAUACACUCACAUGAUCAGAUGUGCACCGAAGCAGCACACAUGAAUUGGGAUAUGCACACAGCACAUUAAAAUGUAUAUGUAGCUACAUGGCCACAAGCAGAUGCACAGAUGUACUACAAAUGCACAUACAUUCUCUCACACACACACACACACACACACACAUAUAUACACACACACACACACACACACACACACACACACACACAUGCACAGAUUCCCCUUUCUUUAUAGAGCUACCUACAACAUUUUUCAUGAUAGCCUUAUUGUCAAUAUAGUGUCUUUGCCCUAUUCCCUUUGCCCUCAAUUAGAUUUGUACCAGGGCACAACUCUGUAAACUACUGUUCUCUUAAUGCCAAAGGCCAUGAUCUGAGAAGGCCUGAUCUGUGAGGCUGUGCAGUUACAUGACCAACACAGGCUUGACUUUAAAAUGAUGUCACUGUACAGAGCACAAUCCAUGAUGCAAAAGACAUCCGAUGGCAGACAACUGGCGGCACUUGUGGGAAAUAGAUUGACAUAAUAGAUUUAUGUACACAAUCUGUUUGGUAUAACCUAGUAUUGGGGGUGUGACUAGAGCAAACAAAUAUUUGUCAUUUCCCGUGCAUCGUGUUUGGAUCAUUACGAACCAAUAGUCAUUGGCUAUUCUUUUCACAGCUGGAGUGUUUAUAUGGUGUGGGAUACUUUGCAGCCACAUAGAGAGUUGCAGCAUAGGUUAUGCAUAGAUGUGUAAAUGUAAUUUAAUUUAAAAGGACAUCUAAUAUGUCCUCUAUAAUGCUCAUAAUGCUCAUCGGUAAGCCACUUUUUUUAUUACUUGUCCCAAUUUACUCUCAUUACAAUCCAAACUGGGUCCAAUGACAGCCACACCAAAAGAUUCCCAGCUAGAGGCAUGGAUACAAAACAAGUUUGCCCAACAGUUGCUUGUGCACUAUCUGUGUAAUGAAGCCCUAGUUAGAUUCUUAAAACUUUAAACCAGGGGUGCGUUCUGGAUAUUGGGCUACAUUACAUUUGGACCAAAAAUAAUUACGUUCAGUAAACCAAUAAUACAUUAAUGUCUACACUUAAAUCUGUUUAUUUGCCUGAAUUUAAUACAUAUCACCUCUAAAACAGGAACAGACUAUAAUUUAUUGGCAAUUUUUUUAAUAUGAUUUUAUCACAUCUUCUGUCACUUAUUCACCCCUUUUUUCUACAUUUUCUCAAUCACACUUUGUAAUAUUUCAGCAUUUUGUCCCCAAUUUGGUUAUUUAUCAGUUCCCACCUGCCAUCCAGCUCUUUCUUUUUUUUUUUUACAGCAGUGAUGGUGAAGGCUAACAUAAACUUCCUCUGAGACAUGUAAAGCCAGCCAGCUGCAUCGUUUUCGAACUGCAUGCUGCUCGUACUUGGCAGCAUAACAAUCUUUGAGGAAAGCGCUGUCUGCUCCCUGCCACAUACAUGAGCUCACAGACUGUCAUAAUUCACUUGUGUCAUGUUGAUUGAUUGGGAUGUACAGGAAUACUAUCCCUUCCACCCAGAUUACAUGGACAAUAUUGUUCUCUUAUGUCCUGGCACUUGCAAUCCCUUGACUAUUAGUUGUUGUUUUUUUGGCCUGUUUCCCCCCCCAUUGGAAUAAGCUAUUUUUGUUCUGAAUUAUAGUCCACAAGACAAUUUUAAUUAAGCACAUGGAUUCUUAAAUUGUUGAGUCUGAUUAAAACCUUUUGGCACCAAAUCGCAGCCCACAGGCCAAUAUAUAUACUUGGCACCCUUGCUUUAAAUGUUUUAAACAGCAUAUCCAGUAGGUAAAUCUUAGCCAAACGCCCGGGAGAUACCAUCAAAAAGAAGUGGGAGAAAUUUUAAGAUCUGAUUAAUGCUACUAAGGUUGGGGAUACGGUGCAAUGUAUAUGAAAAUAUGUUGAGCGUGUUGUCUGAAAAUUGAACAUAGACACACUUUUACAAUAUAGUUCCAUUCUUUACAUACAUUUAUUCUUUCUCAUAUAUAAAAACAAAACAUACAAAUGGAAAAAAAAGAAUCUAUUUAACAAUUUGAUUGAUGUUGACUGCUACAGAUGUUUAAAUUGUGUCAAAUGGGCCUGUCAGACUGUUGGACAUUAUGCAAAUGAAGCUGCGCUGAGAUACUUAAAACCCCACUCUCAACCCCUCCUCCACACCCCAUUGCCUUUGCAACCCUUUAUCCUCAGCACUGCAAUGACCUCUGGGAAACUCUUUCUCAAAAAAAAAAAAAAAAAAAGAAAGAAAAGAUGAGGGACUGCAUUUCCCAUGCUGCAUUGCAGAUUUUGUUAAGUUGUGAAUGCUGCUGUUGUUUUCUAACCUCAUGACUAUGUCACUUUCAUUCCGCACGGGGACCAAUCAGAAUCAUCAGAGGGACUUAUUUAUGUACAUAUGCAUACAUGUUUAAGCAACGGGACCUAAUUAUCAGUGGAAAUAGGCCAAAGCUUAAAAAAAAACCUCCAUGCUACUUAUGUCAUAAUUUAUGUGAUGUCAGUCGUACCAGAUUAUGGUUUUUGAUUGGCUGGACACAUCAGAGAUUUUUCAGAACAAGUUAAAGGUGUAACACUUGCAUCUCCAAUCCUUGUCAUGCAACUUCAUGUAGAGCACAAAGCUAUUUUACACUGUACAUGACUCUUAGCUCCCUUUUGCAUGUCUCAUGCCCCCAUCUUUAUUUUAAACCUCACUAAAUUCAGGCCUCGCACAAAAAGACACUGUAUAACAAUAAAAAAUUAAAAAAAAAAAAAAAAAAAGCAAAAGACAAUCCUGGAGAAGUUGACUUAAACAGUGUAAAAUUAUGUGAGCUGUGUGUCUCAAGCCUUCUAGUCUAGUGGUAAAGCAACCUUCCAAGUGUUGUAGCCAUAACCACAAAAUUACAAUGAACCAGAAAACUAUUCUUACUUGGGGGUGUUGGAUAAGGGGCGCAAUGCAUUUCCACUAGUUAAAUGUACCCACUUAUUUUAAUCUUUGUGUAUUUUAUAAUAUUUUAUAUAAUUUUUUCUUAUUUUAUGUCUGCAAUGUUGAUAAAAAAAUCUUUAUGUAUUCCUCUAAAGGGAAGUGCCAGCUUGUAUCGAAAACAAAAUCAAACUGUGGCCAAUUUUGAGUAUAAAAGGAAACAUAAAUGAAACAUAAAUGUUUGAUGGAAAUCAAUAUUUGGGUGCAAAUCAGAUUACCUCUUUAUUUAAAUUCAACUGAAAUAUUGUAGCACUUUAUGGCUUGGUUAAUUUGUCCUAAAAUAUCUAGAAUUAUAAUAAAUGAUAACACUGAAAAACAGUAUAUGUUACUAAACUUAGGCCAUAUGUUUAGACCAAUUGAUUUAGUGAACAUUUAUUUAACACUGAAAAGGCAAAAUGUCCUUAUUUCUAAAAGACGCACUUGUUUUGGCGAGACCUGCAUCCAAAUAGAAAAUGGACUCAGUAUAUCGGCAUUCCAUUGUCAGGCGCUGUAAGAAACAAUUUGAUGAGGGGAUCAGUUUGAUUUCCCAUGAGUCCAUAAAAAAGGAGUCUAAGUUAGAGUAGCUUAAACACGCAACAGUGCUGGUAUGUGCACUUGCUCUACAUUAUAUUUGUUUAGUGUUUUUUUUCUCGUUUCUGUAGUCGGACUUUAAUGGAAAUUACAAUAGUAAUGUAUUUAUGUUUAUUUUUGUUUGAGAACAAGGUCUGAUAGCUGUUUGACUCUUCACAAGGAUAAAUGCAAGACACACAUACAACACGAACAUGCUCACAAACACACAUUGAAAAAAAUUGGAGGUCAAAAAAAAAAAAAAAGAAAGAAAAUGCUAUGACUUAUUUUUUUAUAAGUGCAGCAGAGGUCUGCAAUCAAAUUGUGGUAACAACCAUUGCCUGUGUUCUUUUCAUUUGUGGUGCUUUGUAAGAUUAUUGUUAUUGUUAUUACUAUGAUUAUUACAUUUGAUUUGUUUGUACUCCUGUACCUGCCUGGAAACUGUAGGCUGAAGCCUGGUUUUAUCUUUGUAUACCAAUGUGAAGCUUUGUAUUAUUUCUUUCUGGUUCUGACUCAGUGGAAGUGUGUGAUGUUUACAUGUACAGAGGAUUAGAUUCUUUUUGUUGUUGGUUUAUUUUUUAAUUUCUUUUGUUUUAUUUAUUUUUUUGUUUUUUUGUUGAAGACCCACAUAUCCAGCCUCAGUUCGUGACUUCAAGGUGUUUCUUUAAUCUCGUGCAUGACGGGGCAAUGUUAUGUUAGAAAGUUAUAGAGACUUGGUUAAACCACUGUUAAGGCUCUUGCACACUUAUCAUGCAUAAAGUGAAUAUUUGUGACUGUCAUUUGUCCAUGGUGAUUUAUGUUAGUGUCCUAGAACAUGAGAAAACCCUCAUUGUGCUUUUAUUCCUCAGACAUGAGUCUAGUACAAUUGUUCCAGAAGCCUGUUUUCAGUUGCAGGUGUGUGUUACCUCUCUGUUAAACACUGUUCAGUUUUUGCACUUGAGAAGUGUGUUACUUCCUCAGCAUUAGUUCCAAAUGAAUCAGGGUUGGUAUCCAUGUGCAAGGGCCUUGAGAGGCAACAUUUCAGUCACUGAUUGUGUAUGAAGGUGCUGGAUCAGAAGGCAGAGAAAAAGGCAGAGAGAGAGAGCGAGAGAGCUUCUUAUCAGCUCAAAGUGCAACACCAGUUGUCCUCCCCAUAAUGCUACACAAUGGACCUGAUGGUUAAUGAGCUUCAAAUGAUUUUUUUUAUUAUUAUUAUUAUUACGUUCACAAAGACUUGAAACAAAUAUUUUACAAGUAAAGCCAGUGAUAAAGGGGAAAGCGUAGCCUCCCUCAAACUGGUCCAGUUAACUAAAGAUUUCUAAUGUGAUUAUGGCCUGCUAUGUUCGAAUUUGCACUUUGACCUUUUGUAGAAGCUUCUCAGUGAUUUUAAAAGCCAUUCCCCUCAUGUUGUUUGCCCAUAUGGGGAACAUAGGAACCUCAGGAACUGUUGAAUCUCUGAGUUUGUUUUUUUUUUUUUGUUUUUUUUAUCCAGGCCUAUAUGUCCUGACUGACCAGUCCUCAUGCUCUCUCUCAGCUACCACAUCAUUUAUAUCAAAUUUGCUAUAUAUCCUUUUUAUAUUUAUUAUUGUGAUUUAAAAGUGAAUCUUCUUUUCAGUACAUGUGGCUGAAUAUUUGAAUUCUUUAGAAAAGUGUUGAUAAAUAUAAAUAUAUAUCUGAAUAUAUGUGAAGCAACUAAAAGAUGGAAAACAUGGCAGGUAAUUACAUUUAUGUUUGUUUCAUGCAACAAAAAAAAAAAAAAAAAAAGGAAGAAAAAAAAAAGACUCCGGUGGGAGGAGUGUUUCCCACCUUUUACAUAUCACUUUGAUGAGAGACUCAUUGUUGUCUGAAAAAGACUCUUUUUACAUUUUCAGUGUGGUGUCGAUGUUACAGUCUGAAAAACUGUCGGGUUUUCCACCUGCUGCAAAGUUGCUAGUUCCUUUCCUCCAGAGGUGUGUGUCUCUGAGUUGCUGAAUAAAACAGUGAGCUGCA